AAGCUAGCUACUGAUCUUCCUUCUCUUCCCUAAGGAAAUAUCUUACUUAUCUUAGCCAUGCCGCCCAAAAACUCCUCCUCAUCACUGCCAUCUAAGUUUAGGUUCAUGUUUUUGCUAUUCUCUUUUCUUCUUGGCACAGCCUCCGCUCAGUUGUCUUCUUCUUACUACGCCACAACUUGCCCUUCAGCUCUUUCCAUUAUUAAGUCAGCAGUGAACGCUGCUGUAGCAGUGGAGAAACGCAUGGGGGCAUCCUUGCUCCGUCUUCAUUUCCAUGACUGCUUUGUUCAGGGGUGUGAUGCGUCGAUUUUGUUAGACGAUACAGCGACUUUCACCGGAGAGAAAACAGCAAAUCCCAAUAUCAACUCAGUAAGGGGAUAUGAUGUCGUCGAUACCAUUAAAUCUCAGCUUGAGAGUUCAUGCCCUGGUGUUGUUUCAUGUGCUGACAUCUUAGCCGUUGCUGCUCGUGACUCCGUUGUUGCAUUGGGGGGUUCUAGCUGGAAGGUUCCACUGGGCAGAAGAGAUUCAACCACCGCAAGUUUAAGCGCUGCAAACACUGAUUUGCCCGCCCCAACUUCGAGCCUCAGUCAGCUGAUCCAGGCCUUCUCAAACAAAGGGUUGACGGCUAAAGAAAUGGUGGCACUUUCAGGAUCUCACACAAUCGGCCAAGCCAGAUGCACAACUUUCCGCAGUAGAAUCUACAACGACACCAACAUUAAUUCAUCAUACGCAACCUCAUUGCAAGCAAACUGUCCCAGUACUGGUGGCGAUAACAAUCUUUCUCCUUUGGAUGUCACCAGCCCCACAUCUUUUGACAAUGCCUACUUCAAGAAUUUGUUGAGCAAAAAGGGUCUUUUGCACUCCGACCAAGAGCUCUAUAAUGGUGGCUUUACUGACUCACAAGUCACUGCUUAUAGCUCCAAUUUGCAAACUUUCAAGACGGAUUUUGGUAAUGCCAUGAUAAAGAUGGGAAACAUCAGCCCCCUCACUGGAUCCAGCGGCCAGAUUAGGACCAAUUGCAGGAAAGUCAAUUAAGUUUAGACCGAAAAUAGCAAUCUAUUUUCGCUACUAUUUAUCAAUAAUAAUAAUAACAAUAACAAUAAAAUUAUGUAUACACACUUUUUAAUAUUGAGUAUGCAAGAAAAUUAUGAUCAUUGAAUGAUAGUGUGCUUUGAUUUGUAGUGCAGCUUUGUAUAAGUUAAGAAACGGUUACCACAGACAUAAUAGUCAAUAUAUAUCUUAUUGUAUUAAAUAUGUAAUUGCCUGGGACUUUUUUUUUC